UGGAUCUCCAUCACCGCACAUGCGCAGAGCCGCACAUGCGCAUACAACCGGUCCUAUAUCGCAACACUGGCAUCAGAUCCUACUACCUCUCUUGAUGACCGUUAGGUUGGUUUGAACUCUGUAAAUAUUUACGUUUCAAUAGAAAAACUGUAUGUCUCUUUCCUCGAUUUCUUCCAUCAGGCACUUUUCGACGAAAUAAUAUUCGCAUCGUGUUCAGUUAAAUACGUUCUAUCAUACAGAUCAGACACAAUGUGUGGUGGAAGCUUCCGUUGGUUAAGUAUAUGUUAUGAAGAAGAGAAUGCAAAGGAGUUUCGAGUAAAGUGUCGAGAAGGAUCUUGCGGAAAGAGUUUUAUAUACGCGAAGGAACCUGAGAAUUUUGUCAAACACAUGAAUAGACAGCAUAGAGAUAUUGCUCUCCGUGAAUUGAACAAUACAACGGGCGAGUGGAAAUUCUUUCGGACAAUGACAACGAAGAAGAAUGUAUAUUAUAUGCAAUGUAUUUUAUGUAAAUAUGAAGCUAAAAUUACAGCUUCAGAUGAUGACUUAUGGAAACACAUAUUUCGUGCACAUAACACAAACGAGCUACUAUUCUAUAAAGAACGACAUUGGAUUUGGAAAUAUUUGAUUGCUUAUGGAGAUUCAUCUGCAAAAUGUAUUAUUUGUCUAACUAAAACUGUAAAAUUAUCUAUUAACACUACAGAGUUAAAAGACCAUAUAGAAAAGGAACAUAAAGACAAGUGGCAUGUGAUGCUCGCAUAUGAAACAUUACAGGCUGGAACAAAUAGACAGUCUUGGAACUAUCUUGCUACCAAGAACAAGUGGUUGAAGAAAUGUUAUGAAGAUCCUUCGAAUUUUCGAGCAAAAUGUAAACUUUGCAAACGCAGUAAAUUAUAUGUCAAAAUUGAAAACUUUAAGACACAUGUAGCGAAGCAUCAUGUGUUUACUGAUCAGCUUGAAAGAGGAAACGUAGCUAAAACAUUGGCAGGGAAUAAUUUAGACUUUUCAUAUUUUAGAUACUCAAGAAAUAAAAAAGAAAUACAAUGUAUUUUUUGUUAUACAGUUUUUCAGAGAAGGUCAGUCACCUGUUAUAAUGAUAUGUUCACACACUCAAAAGAGCAUUCUUCAAAUAUCUCUAAACAUGAUCGCUAUAUAAUUAAACAACAUUAUGUACUUAAAUAUAUUAAACAAACUGCAGACUAUGCGACAUGUAGGAUUUGCGAUACAUAUGUAGACUUUGAAUGUAAUAUGAUCCUCUUAAAAAAGCAUUGGCAAACAGCACAUACAGAAAAUUUCAAAAGAAUACAAGAAGAUUUGAAACAAGAAGCAGCAAACGGUCAAGCUGUACCGUCGACAAGCCAUGAAAACUGGAAGAAAAACGAUCAUUCAUCUGUGCAUAGAGUUCGACAAUGGAAAUGAUGAUAAGGGCAUUUUUAAGCAGCAUCCCAUGAUCAACUAUAACCACAAUCUUGACAUUGACAAGUGAUUUGAAACAUUUGAAAACAGCGUAUUUUGACUUAUUUAUCGCAUAUCCGUUUUGUGUUUAUAUAAAUGUACACAAUUUGUAAAUUAAAUAUAUAUAUUUACAAAUUU